UGCCCAAUAUCUUCCCGACUUGGCACGGAGUGAUCCGGAAUAACGGGAGGCAAAACACGGAAUUUCAGAACUUUGCUCUUGGGAGUCUACGGUAUAAGAUAUCCUGAAAACGGCUUUCUACGCUUAACGAGGUUCUGUUGCCGAAUUUGAGAUUGGACAGCACUAAUGUCCGUGCAAAUGAGCGAGCCGGAGGGGGCGGUGAAAGUCGCCGAAUGGCAGCAGACAUACUACGCCUCAGACUCGGGCAUCCAAUCAGGAGCCACCACCGUGCGAGACGAAGAUGAGUCUGAAUUCAGCUCGAAAAAGUACACGGCGAGCAGCACCGUCGUGGACCACACCACAGAAGUGGAUGCCCAGUUCACCUUGACGCGGGCACAGAGGGUUCGCGCCGCCAUGUUCCCCGAGACCCUGGUCGAGGGCGAGACGGUGCUGCCCGCCCAGGCCGACCCGGACGAGGAGACCAACGUCCAGCGUCUGGCCGAACCCUCCCAGCUCCUGAAGACGGCCAUCGUCCACCUCAUCAACUACCAGGACGACGCCGAGCUGGCCACCCGCGCCGUGCCGGAGCUCACCAAACUACUGGCCGACGAAGACCAGGUGGUGGUGAAUAAAGCGGCGAUGAUAGUGAACCAGCUGACGAGGAAAGAGGCCUCGCGGCGCGUGCUCAUGCAGUCUCCUCAGAUGGUGGCGGCCGUGGUGAGAGCCAUGCAGAACACGGGCGACAUGGAGACGGCCCGCUGCGCCGCCAGCGUCCUCCAUAGCCUCUCCCACCAGCGCGAGGGCCUCCUCGCCAUCUUCAAGUCCGGUGGAAUCCCCGCCCUCGUGCGCAUGCUCAGUUCUCCCAUGGAGUCUGUGCUCUUCUAUGCCAUCACCACACUGCACAACCUGCUGUUACACCAGGAGGGAGCGAAAAUGGCCAUUCGUCUGGCGGAUGGACUCCAGAGGAUGGUGCCGCUGCUGAAGAAAAGCAACCCCAAGUUCUUGGCCAUCACUACAGACUGCCUACAGCUGCUCUCUUAUGGCAACCAGGAGAGCAAGUUGAUCAUUUUGGCUAAUGGGGGCCCAGAGAGUCUGGUUUACAUCAUGAGGAACUAUAACUACGAGAAACUUCUGUGGACCACCAGUCGAGUCCUGAAGGUCCUCUCUGUGUGUCCUAGCAACAAGCCGGCUAUCGUCGACGCAGGUGGGAUGCAAGCCCUUGGACAACAUCUGACCGGCUCAAGCCAGCGUCUCAUUCAGAACUGCCUUUGGACCCUCAGAAAUCUGUCUGACGCCGCCACCAAACAGGAAGGUUUGGAUGGUCUGCUGCAGAUUCUGGUCAGUCAGCUGGGCUCCGAUGACAUUAACAUGCUCACCUGUGCCACUGGAAUCCUCUCCAACCUCACCUGUAACAACGCCAGGAAUAAAGCCCUGGUGGCCCAGUGUAACGGUGUGGAGGCGCUGAUCCACGCCGUGCUGCGUGCCGGGGAGAAGGAGGAUGUGGCCGAGCCGGCGAUCUGCGCCCUCCGCCACCUGACGAGCCGCCAUCCGGACGCAGAGCUGGCCCAGAAUGCCGUUCGCCUUCACUACGGCAUCCCUGCCAUCACAAAGCUUCUGGGCGCACCUCAUUACUGGCCUGUGGUCAAGGCUACAGUGGGUCUGAUCCGCAACUUGGCACUCUGCCCAGCCAAUCAGGCGCCAUUGAGAGAGGCUGGGGCCAUCCCGCGACUGGUCAACCUCCUACUGAAGGCCCACCAGGACACCCAGAGACUCGGUUCCAGCGCACAACAGACCUACCAGGACGGUGUGAGAAUGGAGGAGAUUGUAGAGGGUUGUACAGGAGCUUUGCAUAUCCUGGCCAGGGAUCCUAUUAACCGAGGAGAAAUCGCCAGCAUGCAGACUAUCCCCCUCUUCGUACAGUUGCUGUAUUCGUACGUGGAGAACGUGAAGCGGGUGGCGGCAGGUGUGCUCUGUGAGUUGGCCCUGGAUAAACAGUCUGCUGAGAUGAUAGACGCAGAGGGAGCCUCUGCUCCUCUCAUGGAGCUUCUCCACUCCAGCAACGAAGGCAUCGCCACCUACGCCGCCGCUGUGCUUUUCCGCAUCUCCGAAGACAAGAGCUCCGACUACAGGAAACGCGUCUCGGUGGAACUCACGCAUUCGCUCUUCAAACACGACCCGGCCGCCUGGGAGAUGGCUCAUAACGGCAUGCCCCUUGACCCUGGAUACAUGGCAGAGGAACUGGAUGGCCCUUACCCUGCAUACGGUUAUCCUGAUAUACCCAUGGAUGGUCUGCCUCUGGAUCCUGACUUACAUGAGCCCUACAUCCCAGAGAUGGCUUAUGAUCCCAGACAAGUGUACCCAGAACCCCUCUAACGGCCUGCAGCAGACACAGCGUGUUAAAAAAAAAAAAGGAAGAAGAAUGACUUUCGAAGCGGAGUUCCGGAACCACGAUGACAUCAUAAAGGGAAGAUUCUAUACAACAGAUUCUAUACGUGUUUGGCCAGCGUGGAGUGCAGCGUAUACUCCAGUUUUCUUUCAUUGUGUUUGUGACACGAAAACAGGACUGGUCACCGCAUCUUUAGUACUCCAGAAACAUAAACUCUUCAGAUUGUUAGUUCACACAUGCUAUUAACUAAGGUACCAACGUAGAAGUGUUUGAUCUUAAAAACAUGAGAAGUAUACCACUUGUACAAAAAAAA